AAAGUUAACUGGCAGACAAGCUGCAACUGAGACAAGUCUCCGUUUCUCUCUCGAAUAAAACUGAGUUCAUCAGGUUAUUCUCAACAACACAGGAGAGCAAACACUGAACGUGUGUAGAAAUGGCUGCUGUAAACUAUCUGCCAUCUGAAGAUCAGUUUCUGUGCUCCAUCUGUCUGGAUGUGUUCACUGAUCCAGUCACCACGUCUUGUGGACACAACUUCUGCAAAAACUGCAUCAAUGAACACUGGAAUACUCACGACCAGUACCAGUGUCCGAUGUGUGAAAUGGUUUUUGACACAAGACCAGAGCUUCACAUCAAUACUUUCAUCUCGAAGAUGGCUGCUCAGUUCAAACAAACAGCUCAACAAAAAGCCACCAACAGCAGCAGCAGUUUGGAGCAACACUUAUCCACAACAGGAGAAGUUCUCUGUGACCUCUGUACUGGAACCAAACUACAGGCCUUGAAGUCCUGCCUGGUGUGUCUGGUCUCCUACUGUGAGACUCACCUGGAGCCUCAUCUGACAAUGUCCGGCCUGAAAAGACAUCAGCUGAUCGACCCUGUGGCGAACCUGGAGGACAGGAUGUGUCUGAAGCACGAUAAACCCCUGGAGCUGUUCUGUAAGACAGAUCAGACAUGCGUCUGCAUGCUCUGCCCUGUUUUGGACCAUAGGACACAUGAGUUUGUUCCACUGAAAGAAGGAUAUGAACAGAAGAAGGCAACUCUGUGGAAAACAGAGGCUGAAGUUCAGCUCAUGAUCCAGAAGAGACAACUGAAGAUUCAGGAGAUUAAAGACUUGGUCGACCUCAGUAAGGAAAACGCAGACAGAGAGAUUGCAGAAGGUGUUCAGGUCUUUACUUCUCUGAAGGAGUCUGUUGAGAAAGCACAGGCCAAUUUCAUCGACACAGUCAAAGAGAAGCAGGAAAUGACAGAAAAACAAGCUGAAGGCUUUACCAGAGAGCUGGAACAGGAAAUCUCUGGGCUGAUGAAGAGGAGCACAGAGCUGGAGCAGCUCUCACACUCUGAAGACCACCUCCAUUUUCUCCAGACUGUCCAGUCCCUAAACACCCUCCAUCCAACACCCACCAAGAACUGGACAGAGGUGAGCAUCUGUCCAUCAUAUAAGGGGACUGUGAUGAGAGCUGUGUCUCAGCUGGGAGAGACACUCAGUGCAGAGAUGAAGAAGCCGUUUAUAGCUGAGCUGAAGAGAGUCCAACAGUAUGCAGUGGACGUGACUUUUGAUCCUGAUACAGCACAUCCCAAACUCUCCCUGUCUGAUGAUGGGAAACAAAUGAAUCACGGUGCAAAGAAAAACGUACCAGACAACCCGGAGAGAUUUUCUGUCAAUCUGUGUGUUCUAGGAGAGCAGAGUUUCUCUUCGGGCAAAUUUUACUAUGAAGUUCAAGUUGAAGGAAAGACUAAAUGGGAACUAGGAGUGACCAGGCAGUCAAUCAACAGGAAGACAAACUUCAUAGUGGGCCAUCUGUAUGGUAAAUGGAGUAUUCUGUUGAGAAAUGUCAAUGAGAUCACAGCUCUUGAUGUCUCUUUAGUUCCUCUGUCUCUGAAGUCUCAGCUUCGGAAGGUGGGGGUGUUUGUGGACUAUGAGGACGGUCUUGUCUCCUUUUAUGACGUAGAUGCUGCAGCUCUUAUGUAUUCCUUUACUGGCUGCAACUUCACUGAGAGACUCUUUCCAUACUUCCGUGCCUUUAAGAGUGAUGAUGAAAACUCUGCACGUAUGAUCAUCUGUCCCAUCAGUGAAGACUAAUCAAUCAUCUUAUUUCACAGAGGUUUGUUCAUAUAUUAUUCAUAGCCCAAUUUAUAGAACUUGUUUUUUUUCUGGAAAUAUUGCAAGACUGAUUUUUUUAAUGGCUGUUGACAGUGUUUUUUGAGAGUGAUAAAAACUGAUGUCCAAAAUUGCAAAAACUUUUGGCUGCAAUUUAUCAACAAAAUAAAACAAGAUUUUUUAACCUGGCUUUAUCAAAUGUUCAGAUUGCUGUUCUACCCAAUAAGAUAAUGCCUCAUUUGUAUAUUUAAACAUAACAUAUCAGGAAACUUGUAAUGUAAAAAAGAAUUGUCUUAAUGUAAGUAAUAAACUGAGAAAGUUUCAUGGUGAUGUCUAUUAGUUAGAAUUUUCACCAUAUUCACCUGUUGCGUUUCACUUGUCUUAUCUAUGUAUAUGUUCAAUUCUGUAUUUCUGUCAGCAAAUAUUAGUCUAUACAAAUAAAAUUAUGGAUACGUUUUUCUGCUUUUUUUUUUAUCAAAAAGAGCCGAUUCAAGAUAUUUCCCCCCCCCCCCAGGCCUGAGUCUCACCUGCAGUCUUUCUCCCAGGCUGCAGACACAAACAUCCACCAAUCAGAGGGUUAGGCAGUAGCUACUGUGAAGCCUGAGAGGCAAAACACAGGGCAACAAAAGCCCACUAAUAUAUGAAGCAAAUGUGUAGGCCAACAAAUUCUCUUUUAUUAUCUUUUUAAUCGUCUUGUGACCCUUCAGAUUUUCAUGUGACCCCUUAAAAGGACCUCGACCCCUGAGUUGGGACCCAGUUUACUGUAAAUACCUGCAAUACCUGAAGGACAAUUAUAGAAACAUAGACAAAACAGCAGCAGCACAAUGUAUUGUAUGUCCUAAUAAUAAAAAAUCCAUCAGAUCAAGAAUGUAAAAUCACUCCACUAACAAAUAGCAUAGAAGUAAAAAAUAAUGCAACAAUACAAUAUUUCACAAGAUUCCAUUUGGCAGUUGGAGGUAUUAGCACCAUGCCAGUUGGAUUAGCUCCAUAAAGCUCUACUGUGGAUGUAGUUGAAAGUUUCAUUUUGCCCUCAUCAAAUCUUUGGAAAGACAAAUAGCACAUUUUGUCUACAGUAACUGUGCCAGGUCAGACAGAUGAGCAAGCUCACAUGUGUUUCGGGAUAAAUUUAACAGCUUUUGAUCUUUUUUUCUGUUCCUGAAUCUUGGAAUAAAGUUCAGGUUGAAUUUUGUCUAUUUACUAGCAUAUUUUAUUUUAUGAUUUUCUUGUUGAUAUAUAUUGUAUUUGCUGUAUGAUUUUAUGGUAAU